GACGUUCGGUCCAGCUUUAGCGACGUGAUGACGUCAGAGGGUGUGUCCAAACAGAGGACAGAGAGGGGACUCAUUCUACAAUGGGAGACAGUUUUCGCGAGCAGCUGUUGGAGGACACUGCCUUCCUCAGAGCUGAGCAGAGACUGGACACAGAGCUGGUGGACAAACUCAUCCUGCAGCUCAACAGAAUCUACCCGCAGAUCCUCACCGACAGGGAGGCCACGAGAUUCAGAAAUUUGGACGUACCAACAAGCGUUCGCCUGGGUGAGCUCCUGACACAUCUACAGGGGAAAGGUGAUGAAGCCUGCAGGGAGUUUUACAGAGCGCUCCACCUCCAUGUGGAGGAGGUAUACUACAGCUUGCCAACACGGCUACGCCUCAGAGAUUCUUUGAAUCCACUCACAAGUCCACAGAUCUACUCACAGAGAAACGUCCUAAACGACAGAGGUCCUCUCUUCUUCCUAGGCUGUUUCGGCUUUGCUGUGGGAAUAGCUUUUCUCUAUUACUAUGGCGACGCUAAAGUGUCGGGAGGCAGCCGGGCCCUUGGAAUGGCCGCCCUCGGUUUGAAGAGAAAAGCGCAGGAGGUUCUUAUUUGGUACACCGAAGAGGGCAUAAUGAAGUAAUAAGGGUCAUCUCCAUACUUGGUGCUUCAGAAUUUCUGACACUACAAAAAAAAGCCUUGUUUUUUUCUAAUUUUGUACACAUUAUGAACUAUGCAAAGUACUUAUUAUUUUUGCUACUGAUCUGAAUGACAAGGGGAGACACAUUUGACACUUAGGUCACACUUUAUAUAUUGCUAAGUGGUGUAGGGACGAAUACACUUGAGGGUAAUACUGUGCAAUAAAAUAAUGUAAAUGAUUUUUAUACAUAAAUUUACCUAAUUUUAUGCUAAUUAAAAACUAUCAAGGGAUGAUAAAUUCUUAAAUAAAAGUGCCAACCUCUGCGUUUUUUUGUUGGUGUUUGAGCUGAUAAAUGUUAGGUUAUUGGUUUUAGUCUGUACUCAAUGUAUUUCUCUAUGUAAUUUACAGUCCAUUGAGACCACAUUUUAAUAUUAUGUUUCGGAACAACCACAAACUAUAAUAUAUUUUAUUGGAAUUCUGUAUGACAGACCAAAACGAUAUAGUUUAUAAUUAUAUUUAUAAUGACUUUCAACUUUUUUCUACCAAUAAAAAUCUAAUCUUUGUCAGCUUUACACUCAUAGACAUUGAAAUAUUUUUCUAAUUCUUCUUUGUCAAGUUUCUCAAGUUGUGUGAGAUGGGAUAGAAGUGUAAGACUUACUAUAAAUUGUCAAGUUUAUGUUUAUGUGUCUCCUUCAAGAUGAACCUCUGAUGAGUGUCUUUUGCAGCCCUUAGCAAGUUUUCAUUCUCAUUCUCCCAGACUUUUGUUCCAUCUAUCAUCAACUCUACCCAUCUGACAUGUUUUUGCUGAAGAACAGUAUCCCCACUGCAUAAUGAUUCUCCUACCACCAUGUUGGUUGUGACAUUUUGCAUGUUGGCCAAAAACUGUUUGUCUUUGUAGGUUUGCAUUGCGACAAACAUUUUCAAUUUUCAGAUAAUAUAGUGCUUUGCUAUAUAUGCGCGAUGUUGAUUUACACCCAACUCUUCUUGGCAUCUCUAACCAAGUUUACUGUGGUUGUUCACUAAUGUUCUCUAACAAUCCCCUAAAGCCUUCACAGGACAGCUGUAUUCAUAGAAAUUAAAUUACACACAGGUGGAAAAGAAAGAAGUGUAUGGUCGUAGCAUGAAAAAUAGUUCAACUGAAUAGUUCAGCAUGGAUACUUUUGCCAGGCACCAUAUGUAAAAAUGCUAAAACUGGCGUAAAACUUUUAUGAAUAACAUAAAGCCAAGUAAAAACAGAUGGUCACAAACCUGUUUCCGUACCGCGAUUACCAUCUUGUGGACAUGAAGGAAACUACAUUACUAAACUUGUAUUGAUUUUCAUAGGGUCUUUAAAAAUUGUUUCUCAUAUUCAAGCAAACAAAAAUUAAAGCGUGAAAAUCUAAAUACAUCCAGAUAUUGCUAGAAGUAUUUACUAAACUAAUAAUGUGGUAAAAGCGCGAAUAGUUAUCACGUGAUACUCUCCGCCAAUAAUAUCUCGCGUUCUAACGCAGUGCAUUAUGGGUACAGUUGUUACUAGAAAAAAGGGUAAAAAGAAACAAAUAAAAUUAUUAAAUUUGUUGUUAAUCAUCUUGAUUUUGAUUGAAUUUUUUCGUAAAAGUAAUACAAUUUUGUAAUCUUCAUAUCCCAGUAAGUGGAACCGUAAGUGAAACUGACGGUGAAGGUUGGUGUCUAUAUAGUGACGGGAAAACGUAGAAUUUACGUGUUGUAUGAAAGGAGAGAAGGUUAGCACUCCCCUUGACAAGGAUGGAAUUGGCCCUUGUGGCCAGCAACACAUAUACGGUUAAGGCAUUGCCACCUACUUCGUGGCAUCUCUAACCAAAUUUUUUA